GUUGAGCAGAUACCAAUACUCUUCUCCUCUGGAAGAAAAGUCUUUGCAAUAAGUGUAAAUAGGCCUGGAUAAUCCUCAGUCUUUAGUGCAAUUCAUCCGCAACAGCUCCCGUUCAAGCACCUGUUCACUGCUCAAACACAAAGUUCUCUGUGCUGAUAUAAGCUCUCAGCCACAAGUCUCAACUGCAAAUAACACAUCUACUACUCAAACACGUUCUAUCUUCAAUUUACAUUCAUCAGUCGCGAUGAAAUACGACAGCGCUAUUCUCGUUCUCGCCUACUCAACCCUGAUUUCUGCUGUAUCUUCCACUAUCUCGGGUGCCGAAGCUGUUUGUGGAGAUCUCGGAAUUCUUCAGGCCACCCCCGGAAGUCUCCCUGAUGGUGUAGAGCCCUCGGAUCUUCGCCUCUGCGCCGAUCAUCCCCUCGGCCGCAACCGCACCCUUGAUUCCGCCGAGGGAGCCUCUCUAGCCCCCUUCGAGGAAGGGGAUGUCCCUGAUACAACCCCAACGGGUGUUUCCAAGCUCUUCCAAAAGAGGCGCUGCUACUAAAAAGCACCGUACGGGUGUUCAGAAAAGUACUGCUGGAAGAGCUGCGGUGAGAAAGGGAGCGGCAAAUGGUGCUGGACCGCUACGGCCGGAGGGGUCGGGCCGUGGACCAGGUGCAAGUGGGAGGACUGCGGAACAAAUGGACUUCCAUAUGGCUGUGGAAAGAACUGUGUUCUGCCUGGUGUGUGUGGAUGUAGCUGUUAAAAGCUACGCGAGGGGUAUUAGCCAGAUGUGUUAUUUGCGGUUGAGACUUGUGGCUGAGAGCUUGAGUAUCCCAAGUGAUAAAAAAGCUAAGGUGGUAUUAGGAUAUCUUUAGGAUCAUUUAUGAUGAAAUUCGCUUGCUUAUGGUAUCUUGAGGGUAGUUUAUGAUAAAUCUAGCUUGCUGGUAUAUAUUUAGCAUAGUUUAUGAUGAACUUAGCUUGCUCUUUGACCA